AAAUUGAAACACAUUUUCAGUAAUAUUUCUACCAAAAGAGACUCAGAAAGAGAAAGAAAACUCCGAUCGAAAGCUCUUCUCCUUUGCCUUUUCUCCAAGCUAUUUCUUUCGAUCUAGGGUUUCAUCAUACUCUUCUUCUCCACCAAGAAUUCAGGUGAAUUCAAGUACCACACUCUGUUUAGUAGCUGAGAGAAUUGAAGGAAACAGGAAAAAAAACACUCUGUUUAGUAGCUGAGAGAAUUGAAGGAAACAGGAAAAAAAAGAGAUUUUGGAAAGUUGAAAAUGAUGUCCCUCACCCCAGAUCAUUUCAGAAAAUCUGGAUUGGGGGUUAUGGCAUCUCCAACGCCUUUCCUCACACCAAGACCUGAAAGGCGUCGCAUGGAUCCCAGGGCGAUUGAAUGGAGCUCAAAUAGACAAGACAGAGACCGGGAGGUUAAUGUGCAAGUUGUUCUUAGAUGCAGGCCACUAAGUGAUGACGAGCAAAAGGUAAACGUGUCAAGGGCGGUUUCAUGUAAUGAGCAUAAAAGGGAAGUCACUGUUCUGCAAAGUCUGGCUAAUAACAAGCAAGUUGAUAGAGUUUUCACCUUUGACAAGGUAUUUGGGCCCAAAUCACAGCAAAGGUCAAUAUAUGAUCAAGCUAUUUCUCCUAUUGUUAAUGAAGUUCUUGAGGGUUUCAACUGCACUGUCUUUGCAUAUGGGCAGACAGGCACUGGUAAAACAUACACAAUGGAGGGCGGAAUGAGAACUAAGGGCGGUGAAUUGCCCACUGAGGCUGGUGUCAUUCCAAGAGCAGUUCGCCAAAUUUUUGAUACAUUGGAGGCACAAAAUGCAGACUAUAACAUGAAAGUGACAUUUUUGGAGCUUUACAAUGAAGAAAUAACUGAUUUGUUAGCUCCUGAAGAUAAUUCAAGAACUUCAGAAGAUAGGCCAAAAAAACCCGUUUCAUUGAUGGAGGAUGGCAAAGGUUGUGUCAUUGUAAGAGGCCUUGAAGAAGAAGCUGUAUACAGUGCAAAUGAAAUUUAUAACCUCUUGGAACGAGGGGCGGCCAAAAGACGCACAGCAGAUACCCUGUUAAACAAGCGCAGCAGUCGUUCUCAUUCUGUCUUUUCUGUAACUGUAUACAUAAAAGAAGCUACCAUGGGAGAGGAGGAGCUCAUUAAAUGCGGAAAGCUUAAUCUUGUUGAUUUAGCAGGAUCAGAGAAUAUUUCUCGUUCAGGUGCACGUGAGGGUCGUGCAAGGGAAGCUGGGGAAAUAAACAAGAGCUUACUCACCCUUGGCCGUGUCAUAAAUGCACUUGUCGAACAUUCUGUUCAUAUUCCUUACAGGGAUAGUAAGCUGACAAGGCUGUUAAGAGACUCACUAGGGGGAAAGACAAAGACUUGCAUCAUUGCAACAAUUUCUCCAUCUGCUCAUUGUCUGGAAGAAACUUUAAGCACACUUGAUUAUGCUCACCGUGCUAAAAACAUCAAAAACAAGCCAGAGGCAAAUCAAAAAAUGUCUAAGGCUGUGCUGCUCAAGGAUUUGUAUGCUGAAAUUGAGAGAAUGAAACAAGAUGUUCGAGCAGCAAGGGAGAAGAAUGGUGUUUACAUUCCACAUGAAAGAUUUGCCCUAGAUGAAGCUGAAAAGAAGGCAAGGAAUGAGAAGAUUGAGCAAUUGGAGAGCGAUCUCAAUCUCAGUGAGAAGCAAGUUGAUAAAUUUCGUGAAUUAUAUGUCACUGAGCAAGAACAGAAGCUAGUUAUAGAGAGUGAGCUCAAGGAUUGCAAGGUAAACCUGGAAAACAGUAACAGGGCCUUGUUUGAGCUUCAGGAGAAUCACAGAGUAGCUAUCUCAACCCUCAAGGAAAAGGAGUUCAUAAUCUCCAAACUACUACAUUCAGAAAAUUCUUUGAUUGGACGUGCAAAGGAGUUGCGCAAUGAUUUGCAAAAUGCAUCGGAGGACAUAACUUUGCUGUUUGAAAAGAUAGAUCAGAAAAACAGGGUGGAAACGGAAAACCGGGACCUGGUAUUAGCAUUUGGUUAUCAGCUUGAUCAGAGCUUAAAAGACCUGCAUGAGACCAUUCUGGGUUCUGUUUCUCAACAACAGCAACAGUUAAAAAGCAUGGAAGAGCAUGCCUGCUCAUUUCUUGCUAGUAAAUGUGAUGCAACACAGGGUUUGGAAUCAAGGAUUAACAAAAUGAAAGAGACAUAUACAUCAGGAGUAGCAGUAUUGAAGGAGUUUGCUGGUACAUUGCGAAGGAAAGCUUCCACUGACCUGGAGCAGAUGACUUCUACAAUCUCAUCUCAAGCAAUGGCUGUUGACAAUUUUCUUAUUGCUGCGGUUUUGGAGGCCAAGGAAGUUAUUUGUGAUAUCCAGAAUUCUCUCAGUGAACAAAAAGAGAUGUUGGCUUUCUCUGCUCAACAACAAGAGGAGGGAUUACAACGGACUCUUGUGUCUUCACAAGUUAUCUCAAAGGCAUCAGUGGAUUUUUUCAAUGACCUCCAUCAUCGAGCAUCUAAACUCAUGACAACUCUUGAAGGAAGCCAAAAACAAAAAUUCCACCAAGUAGAAACUUUUGAAAAGAUGUUUAAGGAAGAGUCUGCUAGAGAGGAGAAACUAGCUAUGGAAAAAAUUGCAGUAAUAUUAGCAAAUUUGACAUCUAAAAAAACAGCUAUGGUCUCAGAGACAUCAAGGUAUAUUCAGGGCUCAUGUAUGGAAGAGAAUAAGAGAUUGCAGCAAGAGAUUUCCAAUAUGCAGCAAAUUGCAGUUCAUGCCAAGAAGGAAGUGGGUGAAUACCUGGGAAAAGUAGAGAAACAUUUCUUAGAAGACACAUUUUCAGCAGCUGAAAAUAUGGCAGUCAUGGAAAAUUACCUCCAGGAGUGUUCAAUGAGGGUUGGCUAUUCUAGUCACCAGUGGGAACAUGUUCAGUCAUCCAUAAACCAUCUUAAUAACAGCAGCAACACAGAGAUAGAAUCCACUGUAAAGGCAAGCAUACGUGCAAAUCAUACUGCAUAUGAAGAUUUUGUCUCCAUGGCCUCCUCUUUGGAUGCAGAAUUUGAUGCUGGAGCAUGUGAUAUGCUGGUGGCUGUUAAUGAUUCACUAAUGCGGGACCAUGAAACUAAGAAAGGAAUAGAUUCCAUGUCUAUGUUAUGCUUGGAGCAUCUCAAAUCAGUGCAAGAGAAACAUGAUGAAAGCAUAUCAAAAAUCCUAAACAGUGCAGAGAAGUGCCUUACAGAAGAUUAUUUGGUCGAUGAGAAUACAACGCCCAAGAAACGAGCAAUAGCAAUACCUAGCUUGGCAUCAAUUGAGGAGAUGAGAACACCUGCUUUUAAUGAUCUUACAGAAAAUAUGAUCGCAGAUAACACAUCAAAAUGGGCACCGACUGACGGCAAGAUUCAGCAACAGCAGCAUGUAGCAGCAUCACCAAAUAGAACUCCUUUUGGAAGUGUGAAUUGAUUAUGGCGGACUGUUGAUAAAAAACACGUUGACGAAAAAGAAAGCAGAAGCUGAUACACUCGUUUUCUGUUGAUUGCCAAGUCUUAAAUCCCACUUAAAAAAUGCACUCAUCAACUGAUGAGUACUAGGUUCAAAAGAAUGGGAUGAUCCAGAAGAAAGUUAGAUGGUAUUUUGUUGAGACCAAAUGUAAAUUAAAUAAUCCUAAGAACAGACAGAAUAUUUGUUAGACACUGCAUUAUUAUCACCAGUAUAACAGUAGUAUGCUCCCAUUCAUGGUUA